AUGUCUACAGCUGCACCGCCACGGGGAGCGCUGAUGCGCACGGCAUCGGCUGAACAAGUCUUGCUACAACACCCGUCCCCCGGCCUGGAGAGCCUGCAGGGGGCUUACAUCAAGAAUGUCGAGCGUCUGGAGCAAUCGGCAGAAGAGAUGAGUCAGGGGGGGAGUGAUAUUGGCGAUGAGAUUCGCAAGAUGAAACAGGAACAGGACCGACUCUCAUUACGCUCGAGCAGUAUUGCCUCUGAGUCGCCGUCACUGUCGCACUCUCACUCUCAAGGCCGCGAGGGUCGCCAGGAGAGCAUCGACAGAGUCAUCAGCACCCGCAGUCGCAACCACUCGACCUCCAGCUACUCAAACUCCAUCGUCGACGUCAACAACCACGCUCGCUGGGGUGGCUACUCGCCCGGAGGAUACAUCACCAGUCCCGCCGUCUCACGCGUCAGCAGCUUCCACCGACCCUCUGGCAUGCCUGAGCCCGUUCAGGAAGGUCGUCCCCUCGACUCGCCCCUUGCCUCGCCCACCUCGUACUCGAGUCCACGCCGUCAACCCUCUCACUACUCGCUCGCCCCGACCCUUGAAGAUGCUGAGAUGCCCGGCGACCAACACCGACAUGCCAACGAUGCUGACAAGACCCCUGAGCCUGAACAUCAAGAGUGGGACAAGUCGAGUAGACGCCUUUCCGACCUUGACGAGCUGAGCCACUAUUCGCAUGACGCCAUACGAAACUACGAUGAGCAAGAUGAGCAGAGUAUCUACUCUCGUGACCAGCAGAGCCACUAUGCCCAGCCGGACCAACAGAGCCAAUACUCGCAACAUGAUCAACAAAGCCACUACUCGCAAGAAGACAGACAGGUCCCCCAGCCGCAACAGUACUCUCACCAACACAAAAUCAGUCAAGAGGAGGAAUGGCAGCAAGAAGCCCAUGACCUGUAUCAACGGGCUGCCGACCAACAAGGAUACAACGACUUCAUUCAGAACCCUCCGGAUCGCCCGCCAACCACCGACACUUUCCGCGAUGCCCGUUCGCUGUUCAAGGACUUUGACGGCGUGCAUUACUCACCAGUGAACGAGGAGGAAGCCUCGAGUAAUCUGCGUCAACGCAUGUCGCAAAUGUCCCGUCAACCUCGUCCUAUGUCAUAUGCCCGCCCUAUGUCUUACGCACAACCUCCACCAAACGAGGACAUGGUCUACUAUCCCGCUCCAGUCCCUCGCAUGUUGAAUCUACCCAAGCGGUUGUCACAAUUGCCCUCGGCUAGUCAGCAAGCCCAGCGUCGCUCUCAGGUCUUGAGCGCCAUGCCUCUUGCUUCUAGACAAAGCGCCCCCUGGCUACCUGCUCUCGAUCUUGGAGAAGACGAGCACGAAGAAGGUGCUUCACCGCCCAACCUUUCUCCUCCCCAGGCAAAGCAGCAGAGACGAAGCAUGAUGGAUCUUCAGGCCAGCAGAAUGAGCAUCGCUAAUCUACCUCCGCAAUUGAGAGCAUCCGUCUUCUUCGACAACGAAGGACAGAGGCCUCCAACUGAAGUCAAGGUCCAGUCCGCAUCUGCUGUGGCUACACUGGACAGUAUCCUAGCUGCAUCUGUCAAUGCCCCCGUCAACGUCUUUACUGACCAUCCGUUCGCUGGGAACAAUGGGCAAGACAUAUAUGCCCAGGAACGUCCUGCCAAUCGUCGUAGCGCAACUUUGUCCAAAAUUGAUAUGAUCAUGGACGAUGCACAACAGAAGGGACAUGACAGAUCUAUCAGCUCUGGUACGAUCGAGAAGCCGGCCCUAUUUAAGCGUAACAGCAUGAUGACUGUUCUCACCGACUUUGGUGGUAGAUCAGAGGGCAAGAAGCUGAGGAAGAGAAACAGUAAGAUGAGCCUGAUGACUGACCUGGAUAUGAAUGAUGGUGGUGACACUGCUACUGAGUUUGCAAAGUCGCGACCUGCUAGUGUUCACUUUGACAAACUCGAGAUCGAGGAGCCAGCCGAGCAAUCUCCUGAGGGCGAACAUGCCGAGGUGGCUGCUGAGGAAGAGACCGGAGACAGAGAGAGCAUCUACAACGAUGAACAGGACAUGAAGAUACCCUUCUUUGCGCAACCCACUACCCUGCUGGCCGAAUUACAGGCUCGCAAGGCUCAUCAAAAGUCUCGCAAUCGUGCUGCGGCAGAUGCCUUCCCCGAUGGCAUGCAUAGCACGUUGCUCCAGAUGGACGCUGUCAAACAGGUUGAGAAGAACAAGAAGAAAAAGCUUGGACGCACCAAGCUUGCAUGGGAAGAUCCAGGCGCUGAUGAGGACGAGGAGGAUGAAGACGUCCCACUCGGCGUUCUGUAUCCUACAAAGGGCGGUCUGAUAAACAGAGGCAAGAAAGACGAGUCUGACUGGGAUCGCCCCCUGGGUCUCAUGGAAAAGCGGGAAUUUGAAGAUAACGAGCCACUAAGCAGUCGUCGCUUCCGCCUCAAGGGCGUGCCCGCUGCCGAUGCACGUCGCAUCCGUGAAGAGAUGGAGAGGCAACGCCGUGAGGCAGCUCUACCACCACCCGAAGCAGUACCAUUGCCUGGAGAAGAUUCAAACGAAGAGGAAGAUGCGAACGAGCCAUUAGGACAACGUCUACGCCGUCUCAAACAGAAGCAGAUGCUCGAUGUGGCACUCGGCGAUGUCGCAGAAGCCGACAAACGCAAGUCUACUGCUUUCUCCGAAGAUAUCCUCAGCACAUUCGGUGGUAUAACAGGCACCAAAGUCAAGACACCCGAGCCAGAAGAAGAAACCUUGGGACAACGACGAGCACGCUUGCAACGUGAGCGCGAAGCAGAAGCCAAACGAGGCGAUGCAUCCGACCCCCCUUCAAUCCGCACAGUUCGCCCUCCUCUCCUUCGCUCUUCCUCUUCCCUCGCCAAUUUACUUGCCGCCCACCCUGUAUCUUCUCCUGGUGGUCCCCGCUCUGCCAACACCCAAGUAGGCGGCUCCCUUCUAGCCGACGCCGCCCGCGCAGAAGAGGAAGCACGAAGGAAACUUCGCGAGCGCAACGCCGCACGCUCAACUUCCUACAACCGGCUCACCAGCGGCAUGCCACCCCACUUGGCUCCCCAACCGGCACCUCCGCUCCUCAGCUCUAGAUCCACUGGCGCAGUACCACAGUACUUCAACCCGCAAACACUGCAACCUCAACAAGCACCUAUUAUGUAUCCUGCCCACAUGGCUGCUGGAGGUAUGCCUGGAUAUGGCUUUGCGCAACCACCUCCCUUCCUGCAACCUACAGCCCAAUAUGGCCACAUGAUGUUUGCAGGAGGCUUCCCUGGAUAUCCUCAGAUGCAAAUGCCACAGCAGCAGAUGAUGAUGCCUGUACAACAGCAACAGGCUUACGCGCAUGUGGCUCAGAUGCAAGCGGCUGGCGGUAUGCACGAUCCCAAUCUUGUUGCGCAGAGAGAUUUGAUUGAUCGGUGGAGGCAGAGUAUCAUGCAUUGA